UAAUCAAAAACAAAAACGAAACAGAGGGCUAUGACAAAGAAUUAUAAAUUUUACUUACAGCUGUCGUCCUUCUUAAAAGUGUAAUUCAGAAAUAUUUAUCUAUUCUUUUACAAUACAUAGGAUAGACUUACAGUCUAUUACCAGUCAUGUCCAAGCCCACCAACCUCAAGGAUGCCCUGGCCAAGUGGGAGGAGCGCAACAAACAGCCGGCCAGCACUGCCACGGAAAUUGGCCUGCAGUUCCAGUAUCCUCCCAUCGAGAAGAUGGAUCCCAUCCUGAACACUCUGACUGAGUGCCAGAAGCUCAGCCUGUCCUCCAAUAUGAUCGAGAAGAUUAGCGGCAUUUCGGGAAUGAAGAACCUGAAGGUCCUCAGCCUGGCGCGCAACAACCUGAAGACCCUCAACGGCAUCGAACCCCUGGCCGACACUCUGGAGGAGCUGUGGGUCAGCUACAACAACAUCGAGAAGAUCAAGCCCCUCGAGGCGAUGAAGGCCUUGCGGGUGUUCUACAUAUCGAAUAACGUGAUCAAGGACUGGGCGGAGUUUAUGCGCAUUGCCAUUCCACCCAACCUCUCGGAAAUCACCUUUGUGGGCAAUCCUCUGAACGAGAACAUGGAACCGGCUGCCUUCACCGCCGAGGCAGUGCGUCGUCUGCCCAAUCUGAAGAAACUCGACGGGGAGCCAGUCAUUCGCUAGGGAAAAACAAACGAACCUUGUUCAGUUGUGUUCGAAAUAAAGGGGAGUCAAAAGUCGAACAA